ACUGGAGAAGAGGUUAUGUUUGGUUCUUGUAUGUUGUUGAGUUGGUGUAAAAACAGAAAUUAAAUUCGUGGUUUUUCAUGAAAAUCUGAAGUGAACUAUGAUGAAAUUUUCCCAAACUAAGUUUUCAUCCAUCUUUAUAUCACCCUCGUCAAUUGCCAGGCAAUUUCAAAUUUUGCCAAGUCUUUAGUUGAUAAGAAAAUCAAUGUGACCUGUGUUAGGAACUAGGAACCUGCCACUCAGGCUUUUUAAAAGUACUUAGCGACAAAUUAAUUUUUGCUGCCUCUCUAUGUUAACUUUUCAAUAUAUUCUCUGACUCUCAAUGAGAAAUUCAAUUCUCAGUUCAUCGCAGCUUUAAGCUCUCAAUGGAUUUUGAAAGUCCAGACGUUGAAAAGGACUUUCCUGGAUUGUACGCCUCAGAGUCAGGAAGAAGAAGCAACGAAAGUGACUUCAGUGAUGAAUCGCAUGAGAAACCAUCUAAGAAGGAGUUGCUGAUUGGGAAAAGGAAAGAGAAGAAGGAAAAAGACUUGAGGUAUGCAACGUUAGAGGGUGAAAGUUCAGUUGAUGAAGACGCUGAAAUCAAAAGCCCACUGAAAAGUAAAAAGUCUAAAGCUUUCAAAUUUUCUACCAAGAAGGACAAAGACAAGGAUAAAGAAAAGGAUGCCAUCGAAAAAGAAAAGAAAAAAGACUCCAAGAAAGACAAGGAAAAGAAAAAAGAUAUUAAAUUAAAGGAUGUGAAGGAUAAAAAGAAGAAACAUUCAGAUGGAGCCAGCGACAUUGCCGACGAACUUCCCAUUUUCGGCGUGCCUCUCGAAACAGCUGUAAAAAGGAACCCGUGCCAUGAUGGCAUUGAUGUGCCACUUGUCUUCAGGCUCUGUGUGGAUCGUAUCGAAGAGUCGCUGACAACAGAGGGCCUUUAUAAAACAACAGCAAUAAAGUCAACCAUCCAUCGCCUUAAGCGAGCGGUAAAUCAACGGGAAACAAUUGAUCUCAUGGCUUACGAUGUCUUCACUGCGACAAAUCUCCUCAAAUCUUUCAUCAAAGACCUUCCAGAACCAGUUUUCCCACCAGAUUCAGUCAACAGUUUUCGUGCCAGUGAAAAUAGUGGCACCGCUGCUCAAAGUUUGGUAAAUGGUCUCCCUUAUUUUAAUAAACAGUUUAUUAACUGGCUCUUAAUUCAUCUCAAACAUGUUGUAGCUCAAGAAAAGUUUAACAAAAUGACGCUACCUGUGGUAACGUCAAUUUUUAGUCCACUUUUGCAGAUUGAUUCCCAAAUUUUAUCCUUUUUAAUAAUUAAUUCUAGUGUUUUUUUUCCUAAUUUCAAUUUAGUUAAGUACAUUCCUCCCUUAAGCCCAAGUAGCACUGUUCUGCCAGAUACAAGUAAAGAAAUCCUAUCAGAACUCAAAAAGCAAGAGUCUGUCUUAGGGUUGAUUCAUUCUGAAAUGAGCACCGGCUCUGUAAGCAAAGCUAGAGAGGAGCAACUGUGGGAAGUGCAGCGCAUGAUUACACAGUUGAAACGAAAAUUGAGGUCGCUUGGAAGGGAGUCACAGCCCACAGAACCAAACAUCAAAGAAGAUGAGUUUUCUCUAAAUUUAAGUCUGCAAAAACCAGUACCAUGCUUUCCCGAUAAUAAUCCCCCAAGCCAGGUAGAAGAGAAACGAGAAAAACCAAUCAAUGAAAAUUCGACUAGAGUUUCGCUUAAAGAUAAAGAAGGUCCAGUAAAAGUGCCAGACAUCCCACCAAAAACGCAAGAGGCUACCAGAGUCAAUGACUUCCUAGUAAAAAACAGUGAAGCUCCAGUGAAAUUUAGUGAAGUCCCUUUGAUACCUAAUGAAGUCCCAUUGAAACCCAGUGAGGUCCUGUCAAAGCAUACAGACAAUACUUACAAAGUGAAAGAAGUAGCACCUCAAUUGAAAAGUGCGACAGAAAUGGAAAGUUUAGCAGAAGACCUGAAUUCUGUGGAGUUGAAAGACUCAGUGAAAGCCAGAGCUUUGCUUUUUGAAACUGAGGAGUUGCUCAAUAUGAUACUAGACCUAAAAACGAGUAUUGUAGCAGAAAGGAAGGAAAUUGAGAAAUUGAGAGAUCUCUUGUCAAAGGCAGGUUUAAGCUCUGAUGUCGAUUUAUGUUUAAAUCUAGACACAUGUGAUAUUUCGGAACAAAAUACCAAAUUGCGCAAAGAAACUUUGUUCUUAGAGAACCAAGAGAUGAACCUUGUGAAGAAUAUUAUAAAAGAAAGAGAAGCAAUUAUUGAUUUAAGAGUUCAAAUUCGAAUGCUCGAACAAAGUGAAGGUUGACCACCGAUGCUUGCAGGUAAUGUUUCCUCUAUUCUUCAUAGCAAGCUUAAUAAAUUGAGUGCACUAGGCUGAAAAUCUUUCCGUGUUAGCUUGUAGGAAUUGAAUUUUCUGUCAAAAAAUUCUCUCUUUUUUCCAGUUAAAUACUUACAGCGGUUUUAUGUAUAAACCAACAUUUGGAAUUGUUCAUUUCCGAAAAUUGAAAUCUACUUCUAGUUACGAUAUAUUUUAAAAAUCGAAAUUAAAAAAAAUUCAGUCAACCUUUGUACAUACAUAUCCUCUGAUAUCAGCUCUGUGUUUCCAAAGCUAAAGUCAUUUCACGAAAAGAAUUCGUUAGGGAUUUAGCAACAUCUCAUUAUUUUAUUGCAGUACAUUACAGAUAUUGGUCCUAAACAAGCUCUGUCUCCUUUCGUCUCUUGUUUGUUUGUAAGAGCCAUCUCUUCCAUUUAUAUUUUUUUUCUUAGUUUUGUGUUGCACUGUUGCAGGCAGUCCUCCUCUUGAUUAUCUUAAAUUGCAAUAGAACAAAAUAAAUUCCGGCAGUUACAAAAGCGAAAAUUAUGCGUGAUCAGUUUUAGCAGAGACCAUGAGAUAUCACCUUUUGUGAUUUUCAUUUUUGAGUAAGUGAAAUAAAUGGGCUCCGUCUACCCGACCUGCGGACCACACAUAAAAAUAUUGCCAUAAUGCAUUGCGUUGUUUCAACACAUUUUGGUGUCCUUUUGCUAGGCUAUCACUUACAUCAAUCUAUAUUAAUCAAUAUAUUAUCUUUUAAAAUAAUAUCUCUCUGAAUGAGUGAAAUAGUCGAUGAAGUAGCAACCUUAAUUUAUACCGCACCUGUAAUUUUGCUUAAAAAAAUGACCUGCAUUUUCUCAAAGGUCUUGAAAAUAUGAGUAGACAAAAUUUGACAAAAAGAUAUACCAUUGUGUCAGUAAAAUGUUAUUUCUUUGCUUGGUAACACCAUUUUUAAAGAUUUUUUAAUAGAACUACCAGUAAAUUUUCAAAGCCUCCCUAAAAAGUCAUAUGAUCUUGGUAAUGAAACCAUCAGAGUAUAUAUCUUGAUUUUAGGAUUUCAAAACUUCCUUUCACAUGUUAUUAGACGAGAGUGCUGAACUUUUAAGCAUGGCAUUAUAGAAAAUAUCUACUGUAGCAGAGAGGAAUAGUGUAAAGCCUCUGAGUAUAAAAAUGAAUCAUCAGCCAUCAAUCAAAGAAAAUGGCAUUAAUGCAUGAUGUAGUAAAGCAUGAAUCUUAUUUAAGCAUCGGUUUUUUUUAGCUUGUUCAAUUAGUUUUAAAUCUAUACUUAUGUGCAUUGAUAGAGAUGCGAAAUAUUCGCUUGUUAAAUAGUUUUAUUUUGUUGAUUGUUGCAAAGGAACCUACCUUUUGAUUAUGUAUUUUAAAAACAAAAAUCCUUUCAUGAAAGUGGAGUAUUUAAUAGGAAAAAUUCAAAUUGAGUCGCUGCCUUUGCCAACUUAUUGCAUUCCAUUUCUUAGUGGAAAAAGGAUCCCGCAAACCAAUUAUGAGAAUAAGUGCCCACACCGGUCUCCCAUUUUUUUAUCACAUUGAACUUGUUUAUUGAUCUUGAUAAGAAGUCAUAAUUGUGUCAAGUUUCUGGGAGUCUCUGUUUUUGCUUGGACAAAUACAUGCUCGGAUUUCCGCGAACUGCAGCCAACCCAUCCUUGAGUGUUGAAAGGAAGAAGGAUCUUCCUAACUUAUCGUUGCCAUGCUGGCUUUAUUUAAUAUGAAUAGCAUCGCAACUUCAACUGCAAAUUGUGCAAGAUCGGUGGCUUGUACAAACUUGCCGCAACUCAAAUUAUCGAUCGGGAUCUAUAGACGAGUUUAAUACAAUGAUAAAAAUUGGAAAUCAGUGUGGACGCACAUCUCCAUAACAGAUUUCUGGAUUCCUUUGCAAUUUAUUUUUCUAUGUAUUAAGCAGUCAAAAUUUAUUGUUGUUAGGAAGGAAAAUGUGCAGAAGGAGAAAAGACAAUAUUUAUUUGUUUUUAUGAUUUGUAUCCCUAGGAUUAGAAGCGUUCUUAGUCUGUUGGGUAUUUUUUAAGCUUCAACGUCAAAAAUCUGAAUGGGAAACAAUGUAGAAUCUCCUCCUGUUAAUUUUUCAUGUAUUAAUAAUUCUAUUUAAAUGAAAAUCUUAUCUAUUUUUAAAGAAAGAUGUUUAAUUCUUUUAAAAAAAGAACUCUUGAAAGCUGCUUUUAUUUUUUUAAAUUGUUAAGUCUCAAUUUUUAUUUUCCAGUUUUCAUUUUUGAGUUUUUAGAGCACCAUUGCUCAGUGCUUGCUCUCCAGUUGUCACUCAUAGUGUUGUGUGUAAUAUUUUCUCUCCCUAACUUGCUACUCGUACAUUAAAGAGAUGAUUUUAAUAAGUUAUCGGAAGAAAUAGAUAGCUGCUGCUUUCUACGAAAAGCCUAGUAAAAUUUAUCUGAGCAAGGGACAGUAGGGGAAGAAGGACAUUCCAAAAGUAUGUGUAUUUGUCAAAACACAGUGUGACUUGUGUUUAAUUUCAUGAUUUUUGGACACUUCGUGAUAAGCUUCUACUGAUGUCUCCACUUGCUUAAAAAAACUGUAAUUUUCUAAAUAAAUCAGCCUUGAUAUCUUUGCGAUGUUAGCA